CGCAGAAAGGCAGCGAGCAGCAAGCCCGCGUGUGCCCGUCCCAGCAGAGGGCCUGUCCUCGAACAUCGUCUGCCCCCAGCUGCGUCAUCCGAUCACGGGCAAGUGCGACAGCAUGCCACUCAAGACCAGCUCGACCCUGCCACCGGCCUCUGAUCUCACAGCGACAUGGCGGUUCAUCGAGGCUGGCGUCGAGCUCAUGAUGUCAAAGAAUCGAACCGGCAUCACCAACGCUCGCUACAUGGGCGUCUAUACGGCAAUUUACAACUACUGCAUCUCCUCGAGACUCGUCACCGCCGGUGACGCGACAGGGCUGGGCAAUGCAGGCAGGAGCGGUGCUCAGCUCAUGGGCUCAGACCUCUACGACAGCCUGAACAAAUACCUCGUCGCCCACUUGCGCAGUAUCCAGAGGGAAGCGAGUAAGCUGACGAACGAAGAGCUACUCAAAUUCUACACCAACGAAUGGGAUCGCUACACGACCGGCGCGCUCUACGUCAAUCGGCUCUUUACCUAUCUCAAUCGUCACUGGGUCAAGCGAGAGAAGGACGAAGGCAGGAAAAAGGUCUACACGAUCUACACUCUCGCCCUCGUCAAAUGGCGCGACACACUGUUCGAGCAGGUACAGAGCAGCAAAGGCCUCACCAAUGCCCUCUUCAAGGUCAUCGAGAAGCAGCGAAACGGGGAGACAGUCGACAACAAUCUCAUCAAGCGUGCCACAGAUUCUUUUGUUGCGCUUGGCAUCGACGAGACAGACGCGAACCGUCAGAACCUAGCCAUCUACAAGUCUGCUUUCGAGACCGCCUUCCUUGUAGACACCGAACGCUACUAUCGGCUCGAAUCCGAAAGCUUUAUCGCAAAUAAUUCAAUGACCGACUACAUGAAGAAAGCCGAGGGCCGUCUGAAAGAGGAAGAGGACAGGAUCGAGAUGCUCCUCCAUCCUUCCUCCCGUCGCGAGAUUGUGAUGACCUGCGAAAAGGCCCUCGUCCUGGCUCAUGCAGAAGCGAUGCAAGAGCAGUUCCAGACACUGCUCGAUAACGAACGUCUGGACGAUCUACGGCGCAUGUUCAAGCUACUCUCACGUAUACCCGACGGACUCUCGCCUCUUCGUCAGCGAUUCGAGGUUCACGUCAAGAAGGCUGGUCAGGAUGCCGUCGAACGCGUUGCUGCUCAGGCAGAGGGGAUCGACGCCAAAGCCUAUUGCGAUGUCUUGCUCGACGUCUACCGCCGCAAUACCUGCCUGAGCACAGAAGCCUUUGCAGGCGAUCCCGGCUUCAGUGCGGCCCUUGACAAGGCCUGUCGCGAAUUUGUCAAUCGCAACAAAGCCUGUGCAGGCUCAAGCACAAAGUCGCCAGAGCUUCUGGCAAAAUAUGCAGACAGCCUGCUCAAGAAGACGAGCAAAGCCGGCGAAGAGUCAGACGUUGAGGCCGCGCUACUAGAUGUGAUGACGAUCUUCAAAUUCAUCGAGGACAAGGACGUUUUCCAGAAGUUCUAUUCGAAAUUCCUUGCGAAACGUCUGGUGCAUGGCGCAUCUGCCUCUGACGACUCGGAAGAGAACAUGAUCUCCAAGCUCAAAGACGCGUGCGGCUUCGAAUAUACAAGCAAGCUACAGCGCAUGUUUCAGGACAUGGCCCUCAACAAGGAUCUCAACGAUGCCUUCAAGGAACGCAUGGCCAACAGCGAAUCAUCCGCAAUGCUUGUUGACUUUAGCGUCCUUGUGCUCAGCACAGCUGCCUGGCCGCUGUCAGCUGGUCCGACAGAUCUUAAGCUGCCAGCCGAGCUUCUCAAGACGUUUGAGCGCUUCAAGUCGUUCUACGAUACAAAGCACACCGGUCGAAAGCUUAACUGGCUCUGGACACAUUGCAAGAACGAGCUUCGGACGACAUACACAGCUCAAAAAUACACUUUGAUGACGUCGACCUACCAGACUGCCAUCCUGCUACAGUUCAACACGAAUGGAGACGAGAUGGACUAUGCUGACAUACAAGCCGCCACCAAUCUCGAUAAGGAGAUUCUCAGUAACAUUUUGAGCAACUUUGUCAAGCAAAAGAUUCUCGAAGUCUCCGGCGAUCGCUACUCAUUAAAUCUCCACUACAAGUCCAAAAAGAUUCGCGUCAAUUUGAAUGCGCCGCUCAAGUCAGAGACGAAGACUGAAGCUGCUGAAGUGAUCAAGACCGUGGACGAAGACCGCAAGCAUCUCAUACAGGCCGUCAUCGUCCGGAUAAUGAAAUCGCGCAAGGAAAUGAAGCAUCAGCCUCUCAUUGCUGAAGCGAUUGAUCAGCUCAAAGCGCGCUUCACGCCCAAGGUGCCCGCAAUCAAGCAAGCCAUCGACCAUCUCAUGGAGCAAGAAUAUCUUGAACGCACAGAGGUCAGUCUUGCAUGCAAGAUGGGCUACGAGUCGAGUUUCCAUCGAAUCUCGGAGCCCGACGCCUGGCAAUUGCCACCAGAUCGGCUUCUCGACAUCGCCGCCAGUCACGUAACUCAGUUUGCGCAGGCGAUCGUCUGGCGAAUGAGCGUCCCCCUGCCGGGACCGAUGGGCGAGCCAGCAGUAGGUCUGAGGAUGCAGCAUCUGCCGGUGUUAGACUUGCAGCAAAGGCCGGCAGCUGUCUUGCCUGCCGGACCGUCUACGUCCACCUUUGCCGCCCUACCGGCACCGCUACAGAGCGGUCAGCUGUCCAAGAGCCAGAGUCCGCAUGCGCUUGCUCAUUCGCCGUCCGGCAAGCCAUCGGGCGCUCACCCGAGAAAUCAGCCUCUCGAGGAUCUGCUGCCAGAGCGAGAGGCUCUCCUGUCAGAGUCGCUUCUGCCAGAGACCGAGUGCGUCUUCGUCACAGGCAGGCUGAGAGUGCCUUCGACGCUGAGGAGCUGUCCCAUCAUGGGUUGCCGAUACGCUCCUCCGCAUCUCUUCGUUCAAUCGUCGGACGUUCGUCGACAUCUGGAGUCUCAGGCGCACCAGCUGCCCGUCCAUCGGCCGAGUCAGGAUGCAGGCAGUGGAUUCGGCAAGAAUCGGUCGACACCGAGAGCGAAGCCGAAGCCAAAGGGAAAGACCAAGGAAGAGGAUGGCGAGCAGCCCUCAUCGCUCUCUGGAUCGCAGACUUUUGCCCAUCCGCCCAACUAUGUCCAGCAGUCUCACUACGAACACGAGCGGGAGGCUCAUCAACGGCAUUACCUCGGCUAUUCUCAGGGACCACCAAUGGAUCAGCAUGCCUAUACCCAAACUGUGGCGCAUCCAGGACACCAAGCGCCCCAGUCAUGGCAGAACGGCUCUGCUGUGCCGCCGCUGAUGAACGAGCACCUUGCUCAGACGGCUCACAUGCCCCCGGUCUAUGACAUGCCACCGAGUCCGAGCAAUCCGUUGACACAGUCAGAGCAACUUGCGUCGUCUGGCGCCUUGAUACCCAAACCCGACUCCUGGCCCGCGCUGGAAGCAGCUCUGUCGACAGAAGCCAGUCUGUUUUCUGCGCGGGACUGCGACGAAUCUUGUGUUGCCUUCCUGCGGCAUACACAAGCUAGCCUUGCAGGGACAUCGCUGCCCGAUGACUUCAUCAACCAGAUGAGCCAGCAAUUCGAUAUCGUCGUUCACGACACCGCGCCGCGCGAUCGCAUGCUAUGGCACAUCGAUCUCCGUCAAGGCUCACUCGCGCCAGGCCAUCUCAUGGGCAUCGGCAACGAUGAUGACAUGACGGCAGGCAUAGGAUGGUGGCGGAAGCACCUCCAUCCGACGGACGCCCAAGCAGCGGUGCUCUCUUUGGUGGCCUCAAUGGCUACGCCCUCUCUCCAUUUCUGGAGCUGGCGCUAUCGACUCUGUCCGCCCGCACAUGGCCAGACGUACCUGCGCGUCUUUGAUCGAGUUUUCAUCUAUCGAUCCCAGGCGGGCAACCCCAUCUUUGCCGUGGGCGUGCUCCACGAGGAAGAUCAAGUCUCUUGGGAGACUAAUCUGGGUGCAGACAUUCCGCACCGAUACAACUUUCUGCAGCAUUGCGGUAGACUUUUGUCAUUGCCCAACCGAUUCGUACCCCCCGCAAUACCAUUAGCUGGCGUCAUUGCUCAGUGAUCGCAAAUCUGGCAGCCUCUUGCACGCUCCUUCAAUGCCCCGAGCUUCAAGAUGGCAAUGUCUUGGCACAUUUAUACUGUACAAUGUACACAACGCGCAAGCAAGCCAAUAGAAACCAUGUGUACCGUACUUCAUCCAUUUAGAUUCCAAACUUGCAGAGCAUCUAGAGAAAGGAAUGGCUUCCAACGCUUGACAGCGCUGCGAUGAAGAUAACGCUCGGUCAAUCUGGCCACUGCUUUCCCCU